AUGGUUUGCUGGGCAGGAGAAGCAUUCAAAGUUUCAGAAUUUCAGAAGGUGUAUGAACUUAUAAAGCAUACGGAUUGGAGAUGCUGGGAUUAUUUGGAGAAAAUCGACCGCAAAUUAUGGACAUGUUCACAUUUCGACGGGGAGAGAUAUAACAUGAUGACUUCAAACAUUGCUGAAUCUUUGAAUCAUGCACUUCUGCCCGCGUGUGAUAGUCCUAUAAUGGCACUGCUAGAGUUUAGCCCCCGGAUGUUGAUUAGAUGGUUUGAGAGCAGGCGCUGCGACAUCACAAAAAUGAAGGGGAUCAUUCCAAAGGAAAUCGAAAAGGUACUUGUUGAACAGUUAGUGUUGUCAACUGGCUAUCUGGUUUUGUCAUGUUCAACUUGGGAGUUCGAAGUUACACAUAAACCAAGUGGAUACAGUUGCACUGUUGACCUGGAAAAACGAACUUGCUCGUGCCUUGAAUUCCAGAUGCUUGGGUUGCCAUGCCGAUACGCCAUAGCGGCUACUUCUCAUCAUCCAAAGGAUGUUGAUGUUCCCCCUGAAGUGUUGAAGGUACAGCUUUAUCCACCAACUACCAAAAGAUCAAUGGGAAGGCCAGGUGUUAAAAGGAAACUGUCAGCCGGAGAGGUUCCGGAGGGGCCGAAGAAAAAGAAGGCGAAAAAGUGUUUCAGGUGUUUCAUGGAGGGUCACAAGAAGACUUCAUGCAAGCAAUCCGUGCCCUGA